GAAAUUACAAAAAAAGGACAAACUAAAUACUUAAAAUUCCUCUACUCUCCUUCUCUUUCUCUGUUUUCGAAUUCCGUGCUAAGAAAUCACCCACAUGUAACAAUAAUGUGACCGACGCUAAUCUCGCCCUCACUGCGCGCAUGUGCCACUCUCCUCCUCCUUCUCCUUCUCCUUCUCCACUUCACUUCUCUCUUUCUGUGUCUAAAUAUAGUUGCAGAGAAUCAAGGACAGUUCUCGCCUAAGAUCUCUCUCUAUCUAUCUGCUUUCUCUAACCGACAAAAUACAAAUAUCAAAUCGAUCCAUCAAUGAAGGCCCAUACCAAGGUCUCCAAGCCCGGGAAUCCUCUCAUUUCCUUUGAGCACAAGAGGGAUGCCUAUGGAUUUGCAGUCAGACCACAGCAUGUCCAAAGAUACAGAGAAUAUGCUAGUAUCUACAAGGAGGAAGAGGAGGAAAGAUCAGAGAGGUGGAAUAGUUUCUUGGAACGGCAAGCAGAGUCUGCUCAAUUGCCUGUAAAUGGUUUGUCUUUAGAGGAGCAUAAAAAGGCAUUGCAUACUGAAAAAACAGAGCAGGAUGCUGGAAAUGGUUUGGAGAAGGGUGUUGAAGGAGAUGAUUUAAGUAUUGAGAAUCCUGGUUCUGAUGUUUUGACUGAAACUCACGCAGAAAAUGAAGAGAAGCAGUCCACAGCCAGUAAAAAAAUUCACAGGAUCCAAAUAUGGACUGAAAUUAGAUCAUCCCUUCGUGCCAUUGAAGAUAUGAUGAGCCUUCGUGUCAAAAAGAAGAGCAAUCAACCAAAAGAGCCUCAAGAAACUAAAAAGGAACCUCCUUUUGAAGAUGCUAAAUCUGUGAAAGGAUUAUCUGAAGAGGACUCUGAGGAUGAGUUUUACGAUGUGGAAAGGUCAGAUCCAGUUCAAGAAAGCCCUUCCAAUGACAGUGUUGGCACCUCUGGCACAGGUGCUACUGCUGGUGAUGCAGCCCCCUUAGAUUCUUCUUCUCCCUGGAAAGAGGAACUGGAUGUCCUUGUUCGUGGGGGUGUCCCGAUGGCACUUAGGGGGGAGCUCUGGCAAGCAUUUGUCGGUGUCAGGGCACGUCGAUCAGAGAAUUAUUACCAGGAUCUGCUUGAUUCAAAAACUAAUUCAGGAAGUCAUGUCGAACAGCAGCCAGGCAGUGAUUCUAAGGAUAUAACUGCAGAUGCUAUAUGUGUACCUGAGAAAUGGAAAGGACAAAUCGAGAAGGAUUUGCCUCGGACAUUUCCAGGUCAUCCCGCUUUGGAUGAUAAUGGUAGAAAUGCUUUGAGGCGGUUGCUUACAGCAUAUGCUCGGCAUAACCCCUCUGUUGGUUACUGUCAGGCAAUGAAUUUUUUUGCUGCCUUGCUACUACUUCUUAUGCCCGAGGAAAAUGCCUUCUGGACAUUGAUGGGCAUUAUUGAUGAUUAUUUUGAUGGCUAUUAUUCAGAGGAAAUGAUAGAGUCUCAGGUUGACCAACUUGUUUUUGAGGAGUUGGCGCGCGAAAGAUUUCCUAAAUUGGUAAAUCAUCUGGAUUAUCUGGGAGUGCAGGUUGCAUGGGUUACAGGACCAUGGUUCCUCUCAAUUUUCAUGAACAUGCUUCCAUGGGAAAGUGUUCUCCGAAUCUGGGAUGUGCUGCUUUUUGAAGGAAAUCGCGUCAUGCUAUUUAGGACAGCACUUGCUUUGAUGGAGUUAUAUGGCCCUGCAUUAGUCACCACUAAGGAUGCUGGAGAUGCAGUCACUUUGCUACAAUCCCUGGCUGGCUCAACUUUUGAUAGCAGCCAACUAGUGUUGACAGCUUGCAUGGGUUAUCAGAAUGUACAUGAAGCCAGAUUACAAGAGUUGAGAAACAAGCAUCGACCUGCUGUUAUUGCUGCAGUUGAGGAAAGAACAAAAGGGCUUCAAGCUUGGAGGGAUUCGCAGGGUCUGGCAUCAAAGCUAUACAAUUUCAAGCAUGAUCCCAAAUCAAUGCUGAUGGAGACAAAGCAGGCUAGUGGUGAUCUAUCUCGUUCAGAGUCUGGAUCCACUAGUGCAGAUGAAGUUCUUAUAAGCUUGACAGGAGAUGUGGAGAUAGACAGUGUUCCGGAUCUUCAAGAUCAGGUAGUGUGGUUGAAGGUAGAAUUGUGCAAGUUGCUGGAGGAGAAAAGAUCUGCUGUACUCAGGGCAGAGGAGUUGGAGACUGCUCUGAUGGAGAUGGUCAAACAGGAUAACCGGCGGCAAUUGAGUGCUAGGGUUGAACAGUUAGAGCAAGAGGUUUCUGAGUUACGGAGGGGCCUUGCUGAUAAGCAAGAGCAAGAAAAUGCGAUGCUCCAGGUUUUAAUGCGGGUGGAGCAAGAGCAGAAGGUAACUGAAGAUGCUCGUAGAUAUGCUGAGCAAGAUGCUGCAGCACAGAGAUAUGCUGCUCAAGUUCUUCAGGAAAAGUAUGAAGAAGCCAUUGCAUCGCUUGCUGAAAUGGAGAAGAGAGUGGUUAUGGCAGAAUCAAUGCUGGAGGCUACAUUACAGUAUCAAUCUGGACAGCUUAAAGCACAGCCUUCACCUAGAUCUUCUCAUCCAGAUUCACCACGAAACAAUCAAGAGCCUGGACAAGAUGUGCCCCCAAGAAAAAUUGGUUUGUUAGCUCGACCAUUUGGACUUGGUUGGCGUGACAGAAACAAGGCAAAACCUGCAAAUGCUGAGGACACCAAUGGCAGCAAGUCUUCCAAUGAGGUACAGAGUCCAAGCACCGAGCAGAAGGAUGCCAAUGGCCUUUCAGUUCAAGAUAAAGAGUAAGAUAAUUGCAGGUUUCCCUAAUGGUACUGUAUUCAUCUUCAAAUAUUUAAUGGUGUCCGUAGAUAUGUUUUUGUGUAUCAGUGCAAGUUCAGGAGAGCUUAGGGGUAGUUAUUUUUUGUAUUCUUUUUAUUGAGUUAAUGAUUUUUGAAUCGGACAGACAUUGUAGAGUUAUAUCCAUUUAUUGUUUGUUCAUGAAUCAGUAAUAAUAGUUGCAUAGGGUUGAAGAGAAUGUGAACUAGAUAUGAGAUUCAGAUAAUGAAAUAAUUGUAUAAAUUUCCUUCUGUAUC